AUGGACCGCUCGCGCCGGAUGCCUCAACGUCGUCGCCCAUUAGGAGCCUCAGCUUCUCCUACCUCCACUUCAGAGGCUUCUUUUGACUUGAAUCCACUCACAAGCCCUGUGGUUGCUCAGACUAAUACCACGCCUGCUGGUCGCCGCUCAACCAAACCCCUUCAGCACGCCUUCACCUUCUCACCUCCAGGUAGUAGUCGUAACUCAAAUUCCAAGAGGCGAUCUACAACUAUGGAAAACUUUCCAAUGCCAGACGAGGGUGAGCAUGGCCCCAAAAAGGGCGGCCACAGUCUCCGUAAGCGUGCUCGUGUGGAUUACACCUUUGAGCACAUUGACGACGAUGUCGUCGUCCCCAACUCUACAUCUUCAGCACGCGGCAAGAAACGCAGGUCAGAGAUCAAUUUUGACACGGAUGACUUUUAUACCAAUGACUCAAAGAGGAGAGGCGCCUCCAUGGGCGCUGACACUCCAUCAAGCCGUCGGAGGAAUCCGACACGAAAACCCAGUGACCUCAAAGUAUUUCAUCAAGCUGCUUUGCAGGAUGACGAUAACGAAGUCCAAGACACCAUCGAAGUCGGUGCAUACUACUCAGAUGUUGACGACUCAGAGCUUAGAGAAGGUGCUGCUUCGAAUAACUCAUCCCCCCAGUCCAAGAUGUCGCCAAAAAACUCACCAAAGAAAUCACCUCAAAACGAGUCGACCAAAAAUGAGCUGCCAGCGCCGCAGUUCCCCAGCAGUCAUCAAACUGAACUUUCAACGGAAAACACUGCGCACGCUGCUGAACUGAGUCAAAUCCCCUCAGAAAAAUUAAAUCCUGUUGUGGAACAUAUAAGUAACUCUAUUGAGGAACCUGUAUCUCAGCCUGCAGAGCCUCAAGCCAAAAACUUUCCUAACGUGGAACCUGAGCCGGAAACUUUCAAUGAUAACCAGCAACAGUCACCAGCUGUAGCAGAUACUAACGAUGCAACGGCGAAAUUGGAAGUGACAAUGCCAAGUACAGAACCUGAGCCGGCUUCCACAGCUGCAACAGCAGUGCCAGCUGUCAGUGUCAAAACAGAGCAGGUAGACCAGCCAGUCUCGCUACCCGUGUCAGUGCCAGUGCCAGUGUCAGCGCCAGUGCCAGCACCGACAAUAGCACCACCGCCGAUUAUUGAUGAGAACAAUCAGAGUGAAUCUAUUCAUUCACCUAUUGUUCCUGCACCCGAACCUGAGCCUGUAAACGGCAUUAUGGAGCUUCCCACCACUGCUGAGCCUGUUCCACAAAAUAAUCCUGAGUCUGAUUCCUUCACCAACAACACCAAUAUCGAGGAAGAACCGUCACAUCAGCCGACUUUUGAACAAAUACCUGAAUCACCGGAUCUAUUGUCAAAUCAGCACCAAGAAGACAAAAUGGACCAAAUGGAUAUAGAUCUGGUUCAAGAAGAGCAACCUGCUCAAGAUGUCGAAAUGACUGAUGCCGCUGCCAACGAGACUCAAGAUGUUCAGGAAAAUGUAUCUACACUUCCACCUGAACUUGCACCUGCGCCUGUACCUUCGCCUGCACCUUCGCCUGCACCUUCGCCUACAUCUACGCCUACAUCUACGCCUACAUCAGCACUUGCACCUUUACCUGCCGACUUGCCAUCUCCUUUACCAUCAAAAAGUAUCCCUUCAUCACCGCCCAGGUCUCUUGCCGGAUUACGGUCACCGUCGCCAGCUCGAGAACCUGAUCAACCACCCCAAGAUAAUAUCGCUCCAUCCCAAGAUAGUAUCGCUCUGCCUCAAGAUGAUGCCGCUCCGCCGCGAGAGGACACGGCUUCGCCUCAAGAAGUCGUUGUUGAUGACAUCUCCAUGUCCGUGGAGUUGGAAAACGACUCAAUAGAGGCUGAGCUGAACAAUGAAAGUGUCGGGAACAACGAGAAUAACAGGGACAAUGAUGAUAAUGAGGACAAUGAGUAUAAUGAGUACAAUGAAUCUACUGAGGCACCGAUCACUACCGACGAGCCCCAGAUCCCCGAUUCACCUCAGAAUCCCAUUGUCCAAGAGGAGCCUGCGGCUCUCUCGAGUCCGAUCGAACUGAAAGCCCCGACUCCCCCUCCUGCUGAAACUAUUGAAACCCCAGCGUCUUCUGCACCUUCCGAACCAAAAUCGAGCCCGCAAAAGUCUGUCGCUUCUCGAAUUCCUUUGGAGUUGAUGCCACAGCCAACCCCGGCCGGCCGCUGGUCUCACCUCAAACCUUAUGUCGAUGGCGAGUUCCUGCUGUACCCAGAAAAGAAGGGCGGGGACGAGGACGGUGCAAAUGACGAUGCAACCCCGGAAGGAAAGGACACUGAUCGAGAAGGUGCUGACAUGGAGCCCAUGGUCGAUGAUCAAGAUGAUACAGGGCUUGAAGCACCCACGCCUGCACUCAACACGCCUACUCGUGGCUCCCCUGUACCGGACUCAUUAGACCCAACAGCCCUCAAUUCGCCUGCUCCUGUUGGUGAUGCUGAUGAUGAUGCUGACACCUCCGAAUCUCAAGAUCCACUAGAGCGCACUCGAUACUAUAAAUAUCGCAAGCUAAGGGAUCCUGAAGAGUACAUCUCGGCUAUCGAGAAUUAUGAGGAUAUGUCCACCGAAGACCUUUACGAGCUUCUCGAAGCUAUUAAUGUCUCCAUGGUUCAGUGGCAAGACGAAUGGAGUGACCUGGGAGCAAUCGUCGACGACUACGAAAAUUCUCUUCGCCGACGAGCAGCUGAUUCCAAGUAUGAAGCCCGCACUCGCAACCUUCACCAGCACGGUGUCAACUAUGAGGAGCCUGAAUUCGCUGUCAAGGGCUACAAGUCUCGCGACAAGGAAGGUCUGACUGAGACUCGGUAUCUCCAAGGACAGGAUCGCAUCAUGGCCGCUACUUACGGCUUUGAGUAUGAUCCCCAUCCUUCAAAGAUCGGCAAGCAAAAUCCCGAGACACAACAGGUUGGGGUCAUGACACGCGGUCGAUCUUUGCGGAACCAACCUAGGCAGACUGUAAAGGCUACAGAGACCGAUGAGGUUGUCGGCAAACGCCAGCGCAAGCCUGUCCAACUCUUCGAUCCUGCAACACAAGAUGUCAGCAGGAGCUCAACACCCGUACCCACUACUCGUGGUGGUCGGCGACGCAAGAAUGCUAACGCCGAGGACGAACCACAGACGAACCUCGCGGUUAGCUUCAACAGCGACGUUGUCUCGGACGGAGAGGGCCCCAAGACUAGACGCAAGCGCGGCACUCGUGGCAAGAAUGUCGCGCCAGCAGAAGACGCCGCGCCAACCCCAGAUGCAGAGGAUGCAGCUCAAGAAGAGCCUGUGAAGCCCACUCGUCGUGGCCGUGCCAGACCUGCUGUCAAGUAUGAGGAGGCUGAUCCUAACGAAUUCGUUGACGACGAGCCACAGGAAGAGGAAGAAGAAGAGGAGGCGGAGGCGGAGGAAGAGGAAGUCGAGGAGGCAGAAAAAGAGAAAGAGGAGAAGCCGCCAGUCAAGCGACAUAUUGUUACUCUCAAAAUCCCCAGUGCUUACUUGGCUGAGUUCACGCCUGAGAUGGAGAUCCUCGACAAUGGUGAUUCCCGUCCGACCACCGCCUGCUCUGAGGAAUCUUCUCUGACUGCGGAGUCGUCUUACUCCUUCCGGCCUAAACGGCAGAGGCAUUUCCGUGACAACCCCGAUGGGGGUGAAGAGUCGGGCCAAGCACCGCCCAAGAAGAGAAUGAAACGAACAAGCGGCGGUACUACUGUCACCGAGACUCCAUCUACAGCAUCCACACCUGCUCCAUCUACUGAGCCGGCACAAGUCCUUAGCAACCGCAAGAUUCAGAAGAUCAAGGUUGUAAGGUCUGGCCAGGAUAUCAAGAAUGGAGGAACACCCCAAGCACAGCCAGCCCUACCACCGCCUCCUCCUCCCCAGCCUGCUACCCCUACUCCUAUUCCGGUUGACGACAAUGACGAUACUCCCAAGGACUACAAGUCGAUGACCAAGUCGGAAAAGAUGUCGGCUUCUAUGAAGAAUCGUUGGGCCAACGGAAACAUGGCCGGAGCCGUUGAAAAACGCAAGGCGACCCUGGCGGCUAAAAAGGCUGCUCAAGCGGCAGCCGAGCAAAGAACAGGCGUCGUCGCUCCAAAGCCGAAGGGCAAGGCCCCAGUCAAAAGAGAAUCUGGUCUCAAGAUGCAGAUGGUACCAGAACAGCCUCAGAUGCCACCGCAGCAGCAACAACCGCCGCCGCCGCCGCCGCCGCCGUCCAUGCUUCAUCAGCAACCACCCAUGCACCCUCAUCAACAUCAUCACCAUCAUCAAUAUCCCGUGCACCAUCAGCAUCCUCAGCAUCACCACCAGCACCCUCCUCACCCAGCUCACAUGCAGCAGAUGCACCAACCUCAUCCUCAGCAUCUGCCCCCUCCCCCUCCUCCGCCACAUCAGCCUGGAAAUCCACCUCCUCCCUUUAUGCAUAGCCAUGGCCAACAUCCCAACCACGGACAUGGCCACGGUAUGCCGGGUAUGGGAUAUCCCUAUCAAUGA